AUGGCCGAUAUUCACUCUCAAAGGCGCCAAACCAUAAUCUUACAUGUACACAAUUUCUUUGUUUUCACAUUCAAUACUAGUCUGCGUAUCAAUCUUGCAAGCCAAUAUUUGCCUGCUGCUUCCACCCAUUCCAUUCUUGCGUUUACAGUGUCAGUACUUGUUGCCCUAAUUCAAAUCAAGUUCCCGGGAAUAUCAAUGUUGUCUUCUCCAUUUGAAACCCAUCGUACCACCACCAUUGUUGCCAUUGCAAGCUUACUUGCCUACAUCUCCGCUGUUGCGGCUAGGCUAAGAUUCCCUACUUACUCUCCCACCAACUUUCGCUUGGCCAUCAUGUUUUGUGCUUUACUAUCAGUUGCAUCUUUGCUAACCCUUCUCGUUCCUAACUCCUGGCACCAUGUCCCAUUCGUGAUCUUCAUCUUCUACUAUUUGAUGUCCCAUAUGUAA